AUGUAUCAAUGCGUUAAUUCGUCCAAAUGUAUUUCAAAAGAUCGUAUUGCUGAUGAUUUCAUAGAUUGCGAUUAUGGAGAUGAUGAAGAUCCGAUUGUAAUCUAUGAUAUUUGUGUAAAAAAUGAAUCUAAAACGCUUUUUAAAUGUACAACAACAGCUAAAUGUAUUCAUCAUGAAAAAGUAAAUGAUGGUAUAUGCCACUGUGGACUUAAUGAAUAUGGUUUGUGUGAUGAUGGAGAUGCAAAAUGCCGAGCUUUUCGAACACAUUUAUCAUUUUCAAUUGUUUGUGAUGGUUUUAUCGAUCUUUUUCCUAUUAAUAUCGAUGGACAGAAUGUAACAGAUGAAACUGAAUGUGAACUAUGGCAGUGUAAUAAUACGUAUACUCGAUGCGACGGCAUCUGGAAUUGUUUUAAUGGAGCUGAUGAAGUUCAUUGUAAUACGUCGGUAUCAUUGAAUUGUCCGUCCAAUCAUCAUAUAUGUGUUUUGCCUAGUACGAAUCAACUUACAUGUUUAUCUCUUGCAAAGGCGAACGAUGGAAUUAUCGAUUGUUUGGGUGCUACCGAUGAACCAAAAUUAUGUCGAUCAACCGAUUAUAUUCAUAGCGAAAAAGCGUUUUACUGUUCCAAUGAUAGCUCUUCACCUUGUCUAAAGUCUUCAAAUCUUUGUAAUAGCAACGACGAAUGCAUCAACGGAGAUGAUGAACAGUUUUGUUCCUCUGCACGAAAUUUUUCCGCUCAUUAUAGUAUUUGUCAACCUGCAUAUUACGAAUUACGUUCUGAUGUCGAAGAAUUUCUUUGUGAACGCAUGGCACUUCGAUAUAAAAGACAACCUGUAUAUUUUUCACUCGACACAAUCAAAUUUAACAAAGACACAAUACACUUAAUUCCACCUGACAUAGAAUCUGUUUGUAAACUCAAGGACGUUUGGCAGAAAGGACAAGCUGCACAUUUUCCACUGGAUACAAUCAAAUUCAACAAAGACAUAAACACAAUACGCAUAGUGCCACCUAACAUGAAAUCUAUCGUCCAUCAUGAUCAAUAUCGUUGUCAUCGUGGUCUUCCUUUGCGUAUCUGGCUAAAUCAAGAGAAAAACUUGACUAAUAUCACUUGUCUUUGUCCACCAAGUUUUUAUGGUAACAUUUGUCAAUAUCAAAAUCAACGAGUUAGUCUAACUAUGAGAUUUCAAGCAUAUUCGGAUUCUCGACGAACAUUAUUCGCUCUUGUAAUUACACUUAUCGAUGAUAGUGACAAACGAAUUAUUCAUUCACAUGAACAAUUCACUUAUUUGUAUGUUAAUGAUUGUCAAAAGAAAUUUAACGUCUAUCUACUUUAUUCUACUCGACCAAAAAAUGAUACACAAAAUUAUUCGAUACAUAUUGAUAUCUAUGACAAGACCUCAUUAAAUUAUCGAGGAAGCUUAUUAAUACCAAUUAAAUUUCCUUUCUUACCUGUACAUCGUAUCGCUGUUCAUCUUAAUAUUCCACGUAUGAAUGACGAUAUUCAAAGUUGUACAAAUCAAACAUGUGUACAUGGUCAAUGUAUGAUAUAUUCAGAAGAUUCAAAAGGUACUCCAUUUUGUCAUUGUAAUUAUGGGUGGUCUGGAAAACACUGUACUAUACCAUAUGCUUGUAAAUGCUCAUCUGGUUCAUUAUGUGCUGGUAUAUUAGCAAACAAUCGAUCUAUUUGUGUUUGUCCUAUGAACAAAUUUGGUCCUCGAUGUUUAUUUAAUCAUACAGUUUGUCAAUUUAAUCAAAAUAAUACAUGUUAUAAUGGUGGCAAAUAUAUACCCAUUGAUGAAUAUAUGCAAAGAGAUGAUAAGACAUUCUUUUGUAUGUGUCCGAAAGGUUUUACUGGAGGACGAUGUGAAAUACCUGAUAACAAAAUGACACUAUCAUUUCAUAAACAUAUUCAAUUAUCACAAACAUUGAUCAUUCAUUUUAUUACAAUCAACAACGAUAGUUCUCCUGAGAACAGUAGUAUUCUCAGUAGAAUUCCUAUUCAUCAAAAGACAGCUAUUAUUAAUUGGAGAAAUGAAUUUCAUAUUGCUUUUGCUCAACUAUCUGAUAAAGAUUUUUAUUUAAUUACUGUUCAAAAAAUAAACAAUCUAUCGUCAAUAUUUGAAAAAACAAUCAAUCCAUCGGAUCGUUGUAAGCAUAUAAGUGAAGUAUUAAAUGAAACGAUCGUUCGAUUACAUCCUAUUCGUCGUAUUAAAUAUUAUCAUCUGCCAUGUCAUCAAACAUCACCAUCUUUACCUUGUUUUUUCGAUGAUAUUCAUUUUUGUUUAUGCACUGAUUUUAAUCAGCAACGGAUCGCUAAUUGCUUUGAAUUUAAUUACAUGAAAAAAUUUGAUUGUUUCGGUGGAAGCAGCUGUAAAAAUGGUGCACAAUGUUUACAAGAUAGUAGUAAAUGUCCAAAAACAUCAGUGUGUGUUUGUCCUCAAUGUUACUACGGAGGACAAUGUCAAUUUAAGUCAACUACAUUUCGUCUCUCACUUGAUGCCAUAUUAGGUUAUCAUAUUUUACCACAUAUUAAGCUUACACAACAACUAACUAUAGUCAAAUUCAGUUUGGCACUAACUAUAAUUAUGACUAUAGCAGGAUUUAUUGAUGGUAUAUUAUCGGUGAUGACAUUCAAAGAUCAAGAACUUCGAAGUAGAGGUUGCGGUGUUUAUCUAUUAGGAUCGGCAAUUACAACACUAUUUACUAUGAGUAUGUUUGCAUUAAAAUUUUCAAUACUCAUUAUUACACAAAUGUCAUACACUACAAAUCGAUCAUUCCUAAAUUUUCAAUGUAUUUCAAUUGAUUUCUUGUUACGAAUUAGUCUUUAUAUGGAUCAAUGGUUAAACGCAUGUGUAGCCAUAGAUAGAGCAAUUACUGCUGUGAAAGGAACUAGUUUUAAUAAGAAAACAAGUAAAAGAUUGGCUCGAUAUGUAAUAUUAGCUCUUAUAGUAUUCAUAAUUAGCACAACUAUAUAUGAUCCAUUCUAUCGGGAUCUAUUGUAUGAAAAUAAUAAUGAUGAAGAUGAUGGUGAAAAACGAAUUUGGUGUAUUGCUAGUUAUUCUUCUGCUGUUGAGAUUUACGAUUCGUUCGUUAAUGUAUUUCAUUUUGUUGUUCCAUUUUUUAUCAAUUUAAUCUCAGCAAUAAUCAUUAUUCGAACAACUAUUGCUUUACAAAUAAAUGUUCAUCCUGAUGAAAAUUAUCGAAAAAUUUUAUUUGCACAACUUCGACAGCACGGCCAUCUUAUAUAUGGAUCUAUUUUCUUAGUUAUCCUAGCAAUACCACGUAUAAUCAUUUCUCUUAUUUCAGAUUGUAUGAAAGCAAUUGUUAAUCCAUGGCUUUAUCUUAUUGGAUAUUUUAUUUCAUUUAUCCCGUCUACACUCACUUUUGUUUUAUUUAUAUUACCAUCAAAAAAUUAUAAAGGAGUAUUUCGAAAAACGAUUCAACAAUAUCUAACAACAAUAAAGAGACAUUUACAUAUCGAUUGA